GUCUCUGCCAGACACUGGACUGAACAGACCAAGUGCAUCCUAUCCGUCCCAAUUCCCUUCACCCAACUCCCCCUUCUCAGCCCUAUCUUUCUCACCUCAAUUUUUACCCCUCGCAUCGCAUCGCAAAGCCUGGCCUCGUCUCUUGCCGUCUCGUGCCCAACGACCUCGCUCCAAACCCAGCUCGCCUCUUUGCAGGCCACCCUUUCCCAUCGCGACUUGAUCCAGAGCUGGUUCUCGCCUAACCGUUCCCCUUCACCGCUCUGUUUCUCUGCUACCCGAGGACCCUCGUAUCCAUCAUAGAUACCCCCCCGGCCGAUUAGCACCCCCUUUCGAUUUCGCCGCUUCAAUCUUCACACACAUCACCAGCAAUCAUGGACCCCGAGGGAGCCAGCACGCCUGGCGAGGGCAGCCGCACCCAGCAGCAGGUCGACAAUGCCAUCCGCGCCAUUCGCGAGAAGAAGCCCCUGCCCGAGAUUGAUUUCACCAUUCAUACCAUGGAAGAUGGCACCCAGGUCAACACCAUGGAGCGAGUCUGCAAAGACGUCCAGGCCCCCGCCAUGUUCACGCCCUCUGACGAGCAGUUCUUCGAGGACGAAACCCACACAAAGCCCAACAUCAACUUCCUCAAGCAGCACUUCUACCGCGAGGGUCGCCUGACCGAGGAGCAGGCUCUAUGGAUCCUCAAGACCUGUACCGAGGUCCUGCGCGCCGAGCCCAACCUGCUUGAGAUGGAUGCGCCCAUCACCGUCUGCGGUGACGUCCACGGCCAGUACUACGAUCUCAUGAAGCUGUUCGAAGUCGGAGGCGACCCCUCCGAGACGCGCUAUCUCUUCCUCGGCGACUACGUCGACAGAGGCUACUUCUCCAUCGAGUGCGUCCUGUAUCUCUGGUGCUUGAAGAUCCACUACCCCAAGACUCUGUGGCUGCUUCGCGGCAACCACGAGUGUCGCCACUUGACCGACUACUUCACCUUCAAGCUCGAGUGCAAGCACAAGUACUCCGAGGCCAUCUACGAGGCCUGCAUGGAGUCCUUCUGCUGUCUGCCCCUGGCUGCCGUCAUGAACAAGCAGUUCCUGUGCAUUCACGGUGGUCUGAGCCCGGAGCUUCACACUCUCGACGACUUGCGCAGCAUUGACCGUUUCCGCGAGCCCCCCACCCAGGGCCUCAUGUGCGACAUCCUCUGGGCCGACCCUCUCGAGGACUUUGGCCAAGAAAAGACGAGCGACUACUUUUUGCACAACCACGUCCGCGGAUGCUCCUACUUCUUCUCAUACCCCGCCGCAUGCGCCUUCCUCGAGAAGAACAACCUCCUCUCCGUCAUUCGUGCCCACGAGGCGCAAGACGCCGGCUACCGCAUGUACCGUAAGACUCGCACCACGGGUUUCCCCAGUGUCAUGACCAUCUUCUCCGCGCCGAAUUACCUCGACGUCUACAACAACAAGGCUGCCGUGCUAAAGUACGAGAACAACGUCAUGAACAUUCGCCAGUUCAACUGCACGCCCCACCCCUACUGGCUGCCCAACUUCAUGGACGUCUUCACCUGGUCGCUCCCCUUUGUCGGUGAAAAGAUUACCGAUAUGCUCAUCGCCAUCCUCAGCACGUGCUCAGAGGAGGAGCUCAAGGAGGACGCCACCCCGUCGUCCACAUCCCCCGGCCCCAUGUCGCCGCCCCUCUCUGGCGCCUCGCAGGACCCCGAGUCGAUCGAGUACAAGAGACGGGCUAUCAAGAACAAGAUUCUGGCCAUUGGCCGUCUCUCGCGUGUAUUCCAGGUGUUGCGCGAAGAGUCGGAGCGUGUCACUGAGUUGAAGACCGUCUCUGGUGGCCGAUUGCCUGCCGGUACCCUGAUGCUGGGUGCCGAGGGUAUCAAGAACGCCAUCAACACAUUCGAGGAUGCUCGCAAGGUCGAUUUGCAGAACGAGAGACUUCCUCCCAGCCACGACGAGGUUGUGAAGCAGCAAGAUGAGGACCGGAAGCAGGCGUUGGAGAAGGCGGCCGAGGAUGCGGCCAAUGACAAGAAGCUGCAGCAAUUGUCUAGGAGAUUGAGCACCGACCGUAAGAGUCACAAGGGAUGAGACGGCGAUGUCUUGGGGUAGAGAUCUUGGCGAUAGAAGGCCCGCGGCGGAUGAUAGCACACUAGGGCGUCAAGGCUUGGUUUGUUUCAACAAAUUA